GGAAAGGAGUGGAGUGGAGGUGGGCGUGCUCUCGCUAUAAAUGCGGGCGAGAGCGCCUCUUGGCCAGUCAGUCAGGCUGGGAGAGCGACUCGGUAUCUGUGCGAGAGGACUUGCGGGAAGGAGCGGCGCUUGGAAUCAGACGGGACUUUAGGAGCUAAAAGCAGGUUACCGACGGAGACGCAGUCGCGUUUUUGGAUUACUACCGAGUCUGAAGACAUGAAGGUUCUCGCUGCGACAAUCUUGGGGCUCUUCUGCGUGGUUCUGUCCAGCUCGGUCAGAGGCGCCACCAUCGCAAGAUACGACGGCGAGAGAACGGCGAAACCCGAAAGCCUGGAUCGAGGAGACCCGCUGGGCGGCGGGAAGGACGGAGAGGGCGACCUGGGCGACUACAGGAGCUCGGAGGCUGAGGAGUACGACGAGGAGUACGAGUCGGGAGACGGCGAGGUCGGGUUCCCCAGGGUCGCCUUCUCCACCAAGCCCCGGGACCCCCCGGCGCGCUCGUCCCCGGAGCCGGGCCAGGCCCGGAAGGGCAAGGGCAAGAGGAAGGGGCAGGGCCGGAAGAGGAACCCCUGCCUGAAGAAGUACAAGGACUUCUGCAUCCACGGGGUCUGCCAGUACAUCCGGGACCUGAAGGCGCCCUCCUGCAUAUGCCAGCCGGGCUACACGGGGGAGCGCUGCCACUUCUUCAGCCUGCCGGUGGUGACGGAGGGCGAGAGCUACAGCAGGAGCACCGCGCUGGCCGUGGUGGCGGUGGUGCUGUCGUCGCUGUGCCUGCUCGUGAUCGGCAUGCUGCUGGCGUUCAGGUAUCACAAAAGAGGAGCGUAUGACGUAGAGAAUGAAGAAAAGGUCAAGCUGGGAACGGCCACAAGCCACUGAGUGACACUAGAGAAAGGGAGAACGAAGCUCUACCUCGGCUACAAUACGACCCCAAAGAUGGAAGAGAGGCUGGAGGAGGAGCGUGCACAGGGGAGAACAGUCCUGCACCGGGCGGCGCACAGGACAGGAGGCGGAUAUCAGCUUGGGGAGGAGCUCCCGGGUGCUGGAGUGGGACUGGAAUCCCGUGGAUAAGUGAAGUGAAUGGAUGAUGCAUUGUGAUGCAUCGGCAAGACGCCGAAACACUCCGACGUUAAGCACCUGUAGACUGUUAGAGGCAAAGAAAAUGUGAGCUGAGCGUUGUCUGCAUCCUUUGGGUGCUUUGCGCUGUGGUGUGGUCCUUCUGUAUAUUACAGAAAACAGUUUGUCUUUUUUUACCGUACAGGACAAUUAUUUAUAUUAUGCCUUUUAAUUUAUUUAUUUAAAAGAGUAAAACCCUUUUUUAAAGUUUUAUUUAUUGUAAUUUUUAUUGUUGGUUAGUGCCUUGUGCCUGAUGUCCUCUCGCGUUUUAUAUGUAUUUAUUUUUUUUAAUUGGCAGCGGCUUGUCCUUCCCGUUGUUCAUGACUGUUUUUGUGUGCGUGUUUAUUUAAACAAGGAGCAAUAAAUACAACUUUUCUCUUAGCGAUGCAAAAAAAGAAAAUCUUGUCUUCCCUGAAGUCCCAGAUCUGGGGGCUCGAUUAUUCACUCUGGCCGACGGAGCUGGUGAUGUUGACCUCCUGCUGUCUAAUUCUCAUGACGGGUGGGAGAGGGCACGUGGCCCCUGGGCGGGUCGCACUCUUGUGAGUUUUAGACCUAUAUAGACAUAUUUAUUUUCAUGACAGUCUUAGACUUCACCAGGUUCUCUUCAUCUUUUAAUAACUCGCCCCAAACUGAGGAGCAUCAGAUAUCCUUGCUGAAAUCUCUUUUGAUUGAGGCAUGAUGUUUCCACUAACCUGUGUGGUCAGUGCCAAACUCGCAAUGUUUCUGACCAUGUCUGUCCAGACUCAGUCCUUGUUUACUAAAUGCUCAAUUAUUUAACCACCUCGUUUUAAUUAGCGUCUUAAUCAUGCUGAAUAAACUAGGGAUCCACCUCUCAAUUCACCUACACCAAUUCUUAAUGACUUUUUUUUUUCCCCAACUUCAUGCACCAAUGAAGUUGGUAAAUAUGAGCCCUUUUGAAUAUUUAAGAAAAGACUGUCUGGUUUUAAUUAAAACAAGUGUACCAUGGAAAGAAAUUGUAAUUCUUUCUAUCUAUAAUUAUACUGGGGGUUCAAACAUUUUCUCUGCACUGGGUUAAGGUAGAUCCUCAUCACAGGCUUCUCAUGGUAACAGAAGGAUAAAUAAUGUUUUAAAUGGGUUUCACUGUAUCAAGGUUACUUUUUCAUACACUAAACAAAAUUAGAUUUGUAGUUCAUAGGAGGUUAAAAAAUAUUGUAUUCUUGAACUGGCUCUGGUAAGUCUGUGUAGUGCACUCCCAGAAAAAUCCAAUGAAAUUAAAAGCAACUUAAGUGUAAAAGACAAUGUGUAUAUACUGUAUGUGUAAGAUAACGUCCUGUUAAAUGCGAUGCUGUGCUAACUGUAUCCAAUUGCAAGAUUACACAUAUUGCCAUUUAAUGUGAAUUCAGAAAUGUUAUGCUCUUUUUAAUACAAAUGUCAUUGCAUUGAAGUUUUUUGUAUGAGCAACAAUUACAAUUGUUCCUAACUGCAGCAGUAGAAAUAAAAAAAAAAAGACGUC